CGUCGGGCCCCGCUGCCUCCACGGGCGAUGAGUGGGACGACAUGGACGACUUCGACCUGUCGGGCUUCGAGAAGAAGUUCUCCAGGCCGGCCGUGCCGACCCCGAAGGGCCCGAGGACUCCUCAGCGGCCCGCUGUGUGUGUCAGCAAGGCGCGGGGUGAUGUGGGGCCCCAGGAGCGCGGGGCCGAGAUGCGCUGCUCGCAGGGCUCCUCACAGGGCUCCGUCGUUUGUCUGGGCAAUGCUGGAGCUGCUGCUGUGCUUUCGAGCAGUGGGAUGGAAGAGGCUCGUGCAGCUACGAAUGACGGAAGUGGUGAAAGCCAGAAGCUGAGUAAUGGUGAGAGAAGCGGCCGGCUGGAACUGGGUGAUGUUGGCAAUGAGCUGCUGGCAGACAUUGAGCUGGAGGAGGAUGAUUACCUGGAUGUAGUUCCACCCUCUCCAGAGGAGCCGCCUUCCUUCUCACCGUCUGUAAGGAGCGUAAGUAAUGUUUUCAAAGAAUCUCCUACUGGUGGAAGAUCAGCAGUUAAUGGCACGGAGUCUGAGCCUGAGCUGAUGGCACCAAAGCAGCCUGCUGCUGAGCAGGACUCGAGUGCAGAGCAUGCAGAUAAAGGCUUGCAUUUGGAGCAGCGACUCUACAGCGUAAUGGAAGAUAUUUGUAAGCUGGUGGAUGCCAUUCCUCUCCAUGAGCUCACGUCUGUCUCAUGUGCAAAAGAACUGCUUCAGCAGAGAGAGCUCCGGAGAAAAUUGUUAGCUGAUUCUGUUGCUUCGAACACAAGUAGCAUGAAUGGUCCUGCAAAUUGGAAGGCAUGUGUGCAGCAAGACCCUUCCUCACGUCCUGGUACACCUCUGUGUUCUGGUCGGGGUGUCAGUUCUGUUGGCAGCACACCGAAAUCCACGAACCUUCCAUCUGUGCUUUUCAGGACUGCUAAUUCAGGCAGUUCUUCUACAAUAAGAAAUCGAACGCUUGAUAACUCGGAUACUUCUGAUGCUUUGAAGGAAACCGAUCAGGAUGUCAUCUGCCUAGAGGCUGCAGCACUUCCUUCCCCCAAGGUGAAUGGCAAAGGCAGCACCUCUCUCAGCCGUCCCUCGGAGGCUUCAUUCAAUGGCAGCUGGAGUGAAGAACCCACGGGGAGAGGCAGUGGGACCUGGCACGUGCCCGGGAGGCCCACUGCAAGCACUGCUCUGAAAGCCCAGCACGCAGCCCCUGCUGGUGCUCCCGCAUCGGGCUGCUCGGACGCGAACGAUACAGACUUCGAUCUCGACCACUUUGAUAUUGCUGACUUUGAUGAGGGCUGGGAGGAUGCCGUGGCUCCUGCGGCACCGCCUGCGGCCCGCUGGCAGCCGCUGAAGGAGGGCUCUGCCUCUGCCUCUGCGCACUGCAGGCUGCUCGCUGCAGCCGCUGGCUCAGCUCCGGGCCCACGUCCCACUGCUCCCACGUCAGGCUGUGGGACGGCGGCAAAGAGCAGCUCAGAGCCACUGGUUCAUAACCCUGCACACGAACGUUUCAGGGGGAUGAAAUUUUCCCAUUCUGAAGAAAUGUUGAAAAUAUUUCACAGGAAGUUUGGUUUGCACUCCUUCCGGACAAAUCAGCUGGAGGCCAUCAAUGCUGCUCUGCUGGGAGAAGAUUGUUUCAUCUUGAUGCCCACUGGCGGUGGUAAAAGUUUGUGCUACCAGUUACCAGCGUGUGUCUCUGCUGGGGUCACUGUUGUCAUUUCUCCCCUGAGGUCGCUGAUAAUAGACCAAGUUCAGAAGCUGAAAACUUUAGACAUUGCUGCAACGUACCUGACUGGUGAUAUAACAGAUGCUGAUGCUUCAAAAAUAUAUAUGCAGCUGUCCAAAAAAGAUCCUAUAAUAAAGCUUCUGUAUGUUACCCCUGAGAAGGUUUGCGCGAGCAACCGCCUGCUGUCAGCCCUGGAAAAUCUCUACGACCGGAAACUCCUGGCGCGCUUUGUCAUUGAUGAGGCUCACUGUGUCAGCCAGUGGGGUCAUGAUUUUCGAAAAGACUACAAACGACUGAAUAUGCUCCGCAAGAAGUUUCACGCCGUUCCUAUGAUGGCUCUCACUGCCACUGCUAACCCAAGAGUGCAGAAGGAUAUUCAGAAUCAGCUUGAGAUGCUAAAACCACAAGUGUUUACAAUGAGCUUCAACAGGCAUAACUUGAAAUAUGAUGUGCUGCCCAAGAAGCCAAAGAAGGUGGCAAUGGAUUGCUUGGAGUGGAUUAAAAAAUACCAUCCACAUGACUCUGGGAUAAUUUAUUGCCUUUCCCGUCACGAAUGUGACACAACAGCAGCCAUGCUGCAGAAGGAGGGCCUUGCUGCACUUGCCUAUCAUGCUGGCCUCACCGACUCCAACAGAGAUCUGGUACAGAAGAAGUGGGUUAAUCAAGAAGGAUGCCAGGUGAUAUGUGCAACCAUUGCCUUUGGAAUGGGAAUAGAUAAACCUGACGUCCGCUACGUUAUCCACGCUUCCCUUCCAAAAUCUAUCGAAGGCUACUAUCAGGAGUCGGGCAGGGCUGGCCGGGAUGGUGAGAUGUCUCACUGCCUGCUCUUCUACAGCUACAGCGAUGUCACCAGGCUCAGGAGGCUCAUACUGAUGGAGAAGGAUGGAAACAGUCAGACCAGACAGACCCACUUCAACAACCUGUACAGCAUGGUGCAUUACUGCGAGAACGUCGUCGACUGCCGGAGGAUUCAGCUUCUGGCCUACUUUGGGGAGACUGACUUUAAUCCCAACUUUUGUAAAGAUCACCCAGAAGUUAUUUGUGAUAACUGCAGUAGAAAGAAGGACUACAAAUCAAGAAAUGUAACAGAUGAAGUGAAAAGCAUCAUAAGAUUUGUACAACAACACUGUGGACAAAUGGGAGGAACGAAUGGAAAUAGAAAUGCAGGCUCUGGAAGAUACACAUUGAAUAUGAUGGUAGACAUUUUCUUGGGAGCCAAGAGCGCCAAGAUUCAGACUGGAAUAUUUGGGAAGGGCGCUGCCUACUCACGGCACAACGUUGAGAGGCUGUUCAGGAAGCUGGUCUUGGACAAGAUCCUGGAUGAAGACCUGUACAUCACAGCUAAUGACCAAGCUGUGGCCUACGUAGUUCUAGGAGAAAAAGCGCAGGCGGUGCUAAAUGGGUUGCUGCAGGUGGAAUUUCAUGAAACUGAAAAUGCCAGUGCCAUUAGAAAGCAAAGGGCUUCUGUGACAAAAAUGUCACAGCGGGAAGAGAUGGUCAAAAAAUGCCUUGGGGAACUUACAGACACCUGCAAAACUCUCGGGAAAAUCUUUGAUGUCCAUUACUUCAAUAUUUUCAGUACUUCAACUCUAAAGAAAAUAGCAGAAACCUUGUCUUCUGAUGCGGAGGUUUUGCUGCAGAUUGAUGGUGUCACAGAAGAUAAACUGGAGAAAUAUGGUGCAGAAAUCAUGAAAGUGAUGGAUAAGUACUCGGAAUGGACCACGCCAGAAGAUGCUGCCUGCCAGAGCGCGGACGUGGCUCCGGGGAGCACUGGCACAGCUGGGAGUGAGGAGGAAGCAGAAGACAACAUUGUGACCUCGAGCUAUUUUGGUGGCAAUGCAAACCAAAGAAGGAAGAGGAAAAGGCUGCCAAACUUCGGAGAAUCCAAGAGGAAAAAGACGAGCGGCGGUGGCAGCCAGCAGUUUUAUUCCAGAGGGGCCAAAUACAGGCGGACACGAAGGACGCCCGGCUCGAGGGCUGCAGCUCCUGCACGCAGCUCAGCAGUGCAUGGGGCCGGGGCUCGGCUGGGCAUCAUGGCACCACCCAAACCCAACAGCAGGCACUUCCUGCAGCCUUCCUACGCCGUGCUGCAGUGAGGGACGCACUGGGUUAGUACUGUUUAUUUCACUCGAUGAACCUUCUUCGGUUUGUACAUUUGUCAAGUCCAAAAGUUCAUGUUAAAUAAAUAUUUUUUUUUAAACUCGUGAA